AUGAACUCAUAUGAAAUGCUUUACCGUCUAAAAACCAAUAACGAAGCAGAGAUAAAAUUUAUUUACACAGAAUUCAAAUCAGCUGUACUUGAAUCAAUGAAAUAUUCUCCGAAAAAUAUUCUAAAAGACGUCUCGGAAAUUGUUCGGUAUAAUAAUCGCUUUCUCAAGUCAUAUUUAACAUUUGCCAAACUAAUUUACGAGGAUUAUCAUCCACGAGAGUGCAAAGGCAUUUCAACACUUUUUGACUACUAUAUUUAUAAACAAUAUGGUGUUAUCUUGGAUUCGGAACAUAAUUAUUUCAAAAAUAAUGAUUCCAUUGAUAUUUCAUUUGAAGUUCAUGAAGAAAACACGAUAUACAAUGCAAUCAUGAAUGAUGACAAAGAAAAGUUAAUCACAUUCACAGAAAAAGAAGAGUUUGAUAAAGAUCAAAAACUAAAAAGUGAUUUUUAUCCAGUAAGUUCUGAUAGAUAUUCAUUACUUGAAAUAUGUUGUUAUCAUGGUUCUGCUAAUUGUUUUAAGUAUUUAAGGACCCAAUUCAAUUCAGAAAUAACAGAAACAUGUCUUUGUUUUUCAUAUUUAAAUGAAAAUUCAAGUAUUUCAAAGGAAUGUUGGAAAUCACAAAAACCAAACAAACAAUGCAUGAAUUAUGCCAUUAUUACACACAAUAUGAAUCGUGUCAUACAUCUUGCUUAUGACUAUGACAUUGAAAUUGAUUUACUCCAAUGCAGUCUUCAUAAAAACCUUCAAGCAUUGUUUCUUGGCUUAGAAAAAAAUAAUAAUAUCAGCAAAUGCUUUAUUUAUGCAUCAUUAUUCAACAUAAAACUACUUAAUAUUUAUUUCAUGAUACAUGGUGCAAAGGUUAAUUAUAAAGAUGAAAAUGGAGAAACUGCUCUUCAUUUUUCAGCAAUGUACGGAAGUAUUGAAACAAUACAGUUUCUUAUUUCAAAAGGUGCAAAUGUCAAUGCAAUUGAUGGAAAUGGAAAAACUCCGAUUCAUAAUGCUGCAGAACGCGGAGAUGCUGAAAUAGUCAAAUUCCUUAUUUCAUCUCGUGCAGAUACCAAAACAAAAAAUAAACAUAGUGAGACAGCUCUUGAUAUUGCUAAAAGAAAAGGAUUUUCUGAAAUAGAAAAACUCCUUUCUUGUUAG